AUGCCGGGCGGCGACAGCGGGCACCUACGUCGCCGGCGCGGUGCUGUUUCGGUGUCCGGGCCCCCCGCUGCCGAGUAUUUCCAGCCGACGCCCCAACGUCAAGCAGGGCGCGGUGACGAGCCACGUCGUCCUCGACCCGCUCCCGGCCGGCUUCUUCGCAGCCCCGUCCUCUCCGCCCUUCAACUACCCAAAACACAUGGUGAUGACGUUUGGCGGACGGCCGCAGGAGGGCCCGAUGCAGGGCGCGGGGCGGCUUUCGCGUACGGCGAGGAGCUGUUCCGCAACCUCUCGUCGAGCUGCCGACGUGGCGAAGCUGCCGACGUGGCCGCUGGCUGUGCAGGAGUGUUCGGAUAG